CUGAAUCCAACAAAACUGAGAAACGUGUACAUGGAAGGCCAAAAAGUAUAGUAUGGGAACAUUUUUAUGAGAAUGGACCCAAAAUUCAUGGACAUAUUGGUAGUAUAUGCAAGUAUUGUGAAGGCACGAAAGAAUCUGGGAAACCAUCAGCUAUGAUGGCCCAUCUUGCAUUACAAUGUAUUCAGGUUCCAACUUUAGUACAACAAAAAUUUUUACAAAUAAUUGCAAGUUCAAAUGAUGAAGUUAAUGAACAAAGUAAAACUAAAAAAAAUAAUUCUUCUAAAAGAGUAUUAGAUUUAGAAAUUGCUAGUGGUCUACAACCAAGAAUAACCAGUCAAUUUCAAAAAUAUAACAUAAGCCAAGGACAAUCAAAGUUGUGUGGUAAUGCAUUAACAAGAUUUUUUGUAUGUUGUAGCAUACCAUUUGCAACAGUUGAAGAUGUAUUUUUUUUGGAUUUCAUUAAAAAUUUGUGUCCUGCUUAUAACCCACCAGAUUGUAGGACAUUGAGUACAAGGUUGAUAGAUAAAGAGGUUGCAAGAAUUAGUAUUUCAAUUGAGAAAGAAUUAAAAAGUGAAGAAAACUUAUCCUUGGUUGUUGAUAAUUAUUCUGAAGAAAUUGCAAAAAUUCUUGGAGAAAUUGGGCCACAAAGAUUUUCUGCUGUCAUUAGUGAUGGUUUUGUUCAGAUAUUGUUAAAAAAUUUAGUUUUGGCAAGAAUGUUUUGUCAAAAGUUUGUGAGUUAUUUUCAAGGUUCUUAUAAAGCAGGUGCACAACUUUGUAAUGAAAUAGUUGAAGCAUUCAUUAUGGGUGGAGGUCUUAAGCCAUCAGUGAAAAAGAUCCAAGAUGUAAAUGUAUUAUCACCUGCAAAAAAGGCUGCUAAAU